AUGGCUCUAUUAACAAAUCUUCAUUUGUUGUCUCUGUGUGAUAAUGGUUUCUCUGGAAACUUUUCGUUAAACUUAUCACACUGGACAAAUUUGGAAUACCUCGCGCUUGAGCGAAAUAAAUUUUCAGGAGGUUUGCCAAAUACAAUGCAGCAAAAUUUGGUGGUUUUCAAAGUGAGGGCCAACCAAUUUAUUGGCAAUAUUCCAACACAGCUGUGCCACAUGUCUUUUCUAAUGGUAAUUGAUCUUGCUGAUAACAAGCUCUCAGGAUCCAUACCACCAUGCUUGUAUAACAUCAUGCAGUUUGAUCCUAGAACUUUAUGGACCUUUUUUUAUUUGUAUAAGGAAACAAAUUUAUUUUCUAAGGGAAGGGAAUUAAAUUACCCUGAUUUAUUGUCAAGGUACAUUGUUGACUUUUCUUCCAACAAUUUAUCAGGAGAAAUUCCGAAGGGGUUGUUUAACUUGACUCUAUUGUGGUCCUUGAACUUGUCUCGAAACCAUUUGACUGGAAUGAUUUCUAGAGAAAUUGGAGAUCUGAAAAACUUGGAAUCUCUUGAUCUCAGCUACAAUAGGCUUUACGGGGAAAUUCCUCCAACCAUCUCUGAUAUAUCAUUUCUUGAAGUUUUGAACCUCUCAUACAACAAUUUCAUUGGACAAAUCCCUUUAGGGACUCAAAUUCAGACUUCUGAAUCUUGGAGUUUUGUUGGCAAUCCUCAACUUUGUGGGGUUCCUCUUCCAAUAAAGUGCAACAAGAAAGAAGCUCACAACCCAAAGUUGGUUGAAGGGAACGAAGAUGACAGCUUUUUGAAGUCAUUGUAUCUUGGGAUGGGAGUGGGAUUUGCAGUAGGCUUCUGGGUAGUUUGUGGUUCUCUCUUCCUCAUCAGACCAUGGGGACAGAGAUUUUUCCAAUCAUUUGACAGUUUGGUCGACCGGCUUUAUGUCCAUGUGGCCCUCACGCUUAAGAGUUUCCAUGGAAUAUUUGGAACGACCAUCAUUGAAUCAAACGGCGACAUUCCCAUCCCGACCACGUACUACUCUCUCGCUGAACCUCGUCGUGAUGAUGUUGCAGAUGAUGACCUUGCUGCUUCCAUCCCCGUCCUCGAUUUCUCCCUCCUCACCUCCCCGGAUCCUCAAAUCCAUGCCGACGCAGUUCGACAGCUGGGUGAUGCAUGCAGAGAAUGGGGCUUCUUCAUGAUUACAAAUCAUGGGAUUUCAGAGAAAGUGAUGGAGGAGGUGAUAAACAAGUCUCUGGAGUUUCACGAUUUGCCUCUUGAGGAAAAGAUGGAAUUUUUCAAUAAAGAACUCAUCACACCCGUUAGAUUUGGUACCAGUUCCCUUCCUUAUGGAGAGAAGAGGGAGGUUGCAUUUGAAUACAAUAAAGGCAUAAGAAAUGUGGCAAGGACUUUGCUAGUAGGAAUAUCAAAGAGUUUAGGAUUACAAGCCAAGGCCAUUGUAGAGUCCACAGGUUUUGAUUCAGGAAAUGAGACAUGUCAAGUGAACUUGUACCCUCCAUGUCCUCAACUAGACCUUACUUUAGGGUUACUUCCUCACUUUGACAAUGACUUACCAACCCUCCUCAGUGAAAAUGGAAUCAAAGGCCUUCAAGUGAAGCCCCAUCAUAAAUAG